AUGAUCCCAAGUAUGGAGGAAGGCAGAAAGACUGACAGAGAAGAAGAUGAGGAGGAGGAGGAAGAAGAAGAAGAAGAAGAAGUAGAAGAAGGAGAAGAAAGUAAGGUUUCGAGCAAUAGUACAGUGGAAGAGAGCGAUAAGAAGACAAAGGUUAGGCCUUAUGUGAGAUCUAAAGUCCCUCGUCUCCGGUGGACUCCUGAUCUUCAUCUUCGAUUUGUCCGCGCGGUUGAGAGGCUUGGAGGUCAAGAAAGAGCAACUCCAAAGUUGGUCCGUCAGAUGAUGAACAUCAAAGGGCUUAGUAUUGCUCAUGUCAAGAGCCAUCUACAGAUGUACAGGAGCAAGAAGAUUGAUGAUCAAGGUCAAGCCAUAGCUGAUCACAGACAUUUCAUCGAGACUUCCACAGAUCGAAAUAUUUACAAACUAAGUCAGCUACCGAUGUUCCGAGGCUAUAAUCAUAACCAUGAUUCUCCAUUCAGAUAUGGAAGUAAAAUUUCAAAUGCUUCUUUGUGGAACUCUAGCUCUCACGAAGCAAACCGGAGUUUGAUAGACCAAAUUAGGCCCGGUUUGAUUCACGGCUCACCGGUUAGCAAUAACAUCCGUGGUAGUAGUGAGUAUUGGAGUAACAACAGGUCUUUCGAAAACAUCUACGCUUCUUCAAUUUCUAGUCACUUACCGAAACUAAGACACGAUCAUCAAGAAUGGACCAAGCCGGUCACAUUUAACAGCAUUCAAGGACACUCAAGAACCUUCGAAAAGUUCGAGGGUGUUGAAGACACCACUAAUCAAGCUUAUUGUAACAAGACAAAUGGCAAAAGAGGUGCAAGUACAAGCAUCGAUCUUGAUCUUGAUCUAUCUCUUAAGCUAGUACGACCCGAGAAGACAAUUUUGGAAGAGACAGAAACAGCAGCAACAACAACCGAUCAAACGUUGUCCUUGUCGCUAUGUUCGGGGUCGUCUUCAUGCAAAAAGAGCCGACUGAUCAAGACAAAUGAAGAGGAUCGGACGGUUAAGAUUGGACAGACAAGUACUCUGGAUCUGACUCUAUGA